AUGGGGAGCUUGACGCUGCUGCGGCCCCCUCAACGUUCCCUGCUACUCCCCGCCUCCAGACGCGUCUCUGCGGUCGCCGCCGCAGUGAAAACCAGACGAGGAAUCUCGGGGCGCUCCCAGGGUGAGUCAUUUCUUCGUUGGAUUAGGAUGGAGAUACUGCUGUCGACUUGCCUGACGAUCUAUUUGGUUUUCUGCCCGUCUCUUUCCAGUUUUCUUCUUUGGGGUCUCAUGCGGUGGACCGGAGGGGAAUGCUUUCUUCGUCAGGCUGAGUGUCGAUCCUCCAUCAUGGAAACGGUAUCAGAUUAAGCGCAGGGGGAGUCUUGUGAGUUAUGGAACAUCUGCAACCGCAGGCUCGCCUGAUUUCUCUGCCCUCCCCGUGACCGGUGCGUUGCAGGAUCUUUGGUUAUUGAAUUUUGGGGGAAUUUUGCCUGUUGUUUGAUCCUUCAAUUGAUCCGUGCGGUUUUGGACAGGAUUUCAAUUGAGUUCACGAAUCAGGGGGGUUUGCUUUUACGCAAUGACUGCUGCAACUGCAAUAAUUCUCUUUCUGGCGAUGAUGGUGGCGCAUCCUUUUGUUCUCUUGUUCGAUAGGUAUCAAAGGAAGGCUCAACAUUGGAUCGCCAUGAUGUGGGCAUGGUUGACUGUGUUUCCAUUCUACCGGAUAGAGUUUGAGGGGCUGGAGAAUCUCCCACCCAACGAUGUGCCAGCUGUUUAUGUCUCCAAUCAUCAGAGUUUCCUUGAUAUAUACACUCUCCUGACUCUGGGGAAAAGUUUCAAGUUCAUCAGCAAGAGGAGUGUAUUCUUGUUUCCCAUAAUUGGGUGGGCGAUGUUCCUUUUGGGGACCAUUCCCAUUCGCCGAAUGGAUACAAAAAGUCAAAUGGUACUUCCCUCUGCUGCGUUCUUCAGGGAUUUCAAUUCUCAUUUAGCGCUGAAUUAUAACCCAAUCUAGAUCAUUCUAAUGCAUUGAUUCUCAGUAUCCAAAAUGAUAAGUUUUAAUCGUAACUCAAUGGGAUGAUCAUCUACCAAUUUUCGAUUGAAGAAGUCAAGAGCAAAUCCCUCCUUUGCACCAUUUUCUGAUUUUUCCCUAAAUCUGGCUUAUCAUUCUAAUUAAUUCAGGACUGCCUUAAGCGCUGCAUUGAAUUAGUGAAGAAAGGCACCUCUGUGUAUUUCUUUCCAGAAGGUACUCGGUCUAAAGAUGGAAUAUUGGGUGCAUUUAAGGUGAGCAAUUAACGAAGGUGUGAUUCCACUCCCUCGCACAUUCUCACAUGUGCAUAUAUAUAUAUAUGUCAUAUACACACACACAGACACAAACACACGGACAUAUUCGUAUUUAUAUAUAUAUAUGCAUGCAUUUUCAGGAAAAUAUUUUGGAUUGUAUGGUCAGUUUUCAGGUAUCUAAAAUCUAAUUCUUGUGCAUGGUUAUAGAAAGGUGCAUUUAGUGUUGCGGCAAGGACGGGGGCACCCAUUGUGCCAAUCACUCUCAUGGGGACAGGCGGCCUGAUGCCAUCUGGAAUGGAGGGUUUUCUGAACUCAGGCGAUGUAAAAGUUGUGAUUCACAAGCCUGUACAAGGGAACAAUGCUGACAAACUAUGUGGUGAUGCGAGGAGCACAAUAGCUGAUACUCUUCUCCUUCAUGGUUAUGGAGUGCACUAG